AUGAGGACUUCCACCCUGGUUGCCGCGACUGCCGGCACCAUCGUCACCGGUCUUCUGGCCUACGCCGUGUACUUUGACCACAAGAGACAGACCGAUCCGGAAUUCCGCAGAGCUCUGAAGCGGAACAACCGCCGACACGCCCGGGCCGUCAAGGAAGAGGUGGAAGCGCAGGGCGCGAUGGAACGCGAGGCGAUCAAGAAGGCGGUUCAGCAGGCCAAGGAUGAGGGCUUCCCGACCGACCUGGAAGAGAAGGAGGCCUACUUCAUGGGCCAAGUUGCCAAGGGAGAGUCGCUCUGCGCCGAAGGUGCAGACAAGAUGGAAGCCGCGCUGUGCUUCUACAAGGCUCUGAAGGUGUACCCCCAGCCCAAGGACCUCAUCUCGAUAUACGACAAGACGGUCCCCAAGGAGGUGCUGGAGGUGUUGGCCGAGAUGGUCGCCCUGGACGCCGGUCUGAAGCUCGGCUCGUUCACUGGCGGUAGUGAGGGCGGCGCCGAAACUCACGGCGUCGAGUAA